UAUAAUUGGAAACAAAAGAAAAUUGAUGAUGGAAAAGAUGCAGCUCAAAAUAUCAAAUGCAGAACCAAAAGUGGAAGGAUAAUCCCAAAUUAUCAUGAACUUUCUGGCUUAUCUGAAAGGAAAAAUGAAAGUUCCAAUAAUAAUAAACAACCAAACAUUAAAGAAAAAACAUCCACAAUCCGUCCAACCAAAAAGAUGAAAUCAAGCGACCAAACUGAAUCUGAAAAUGAUCCAAUCCUUGAUGUGGAGUGUGAAGAUAUUGGAGCCUUUUUUAAUGACGAUUACACUGAUGACCAAUCCAUUGAUGAUGAAUCUACUGAUGACGAAUAUACUGAUGAUAAAGAAAGUUUAAAAAAAUUUAAAGAAGCCUAUUUAUUAAUGGAACCUAAUCAUAUGUGGACACUGAAAACUGGCCAAAAAGUUGAAAAAGUUAUUUACGAUUUUGCUAAAAACCUGAAUAGGGAAUCAUACCUUCAUUAUUUCAUAAUAAAUGAUGCAGGUGUUGAUACAAAAAAUUUAUUUACACCAGAUGAAUGGAAAGAAAUCAAAAAUCUUGAAUCAGUAGAAAGACCAAAACUUGACCCUCGUCACAAAGAGUUAUUAAUAAAAUAUACUGUAAAUGAUAUUAAAAAAUUGUGA